CUUGAUUGGCCGUUCUCCAGCAAACAGCAGCAUGUCGGCUCUUGCAGCUCUGACCCAGCCUUGCCUCGCUCGGACCUCCCAGCCAGCGGCCUCACGUCAGUGCGUGCGAUGCGCCAGCAGCCUCGCCUUCCGACCCGCGCGCCGGCUGCCUGCAGCGGGGCGGUGCCAAAGGCUGCCGGCGCGGCGGGCUGCGCUGGCGGUGGCGGCAUCGGCCGAUGUGGAGAUAACUGUGGAGGAGGACACGAUGGAGAAGAUGGAGAAGUCGGUGGAGAGUGUGAAGCGCAGCUUUGGCACCGUCCGCACCGGGCGGGCCAAUGCCGCCAUGCUGGAUCGGAUCGAGUUCGACUACUAUGGAGCCAUGACCCCGCUGCGCACGGUGGCCAGCGUCAGCACACCCGAGUCCACGCUGCUGGUCAUCCAGGCGCGCGCCCUGCUGGCAGCUGCCCCAUACGACACCUCCGCCAUCCCUGCGAUCGAGAGGGCCAUCAUGCAGAGCGACCUGGGGCUCACCCCCAACAACGACGGCCGCGUCAUCCGCCUGCAAGUGCCGCAGCUGACGGCGGAACGGCGCAAGGAGAUGGUAAAGAUUGUGAGCAAGCUGGGGGAGGAGGGCAAGGUGGCGGUGCGCAAUGUGCGGCGGGAUGCCAUGAAAGCCAUUGAGAAGCUGGAGAAGGAUGGCGGCAUCUCGGAGGACCAGCGCAAGGACCUGGAGAAUGCGGUGCAGAAGCUGACGGAUGAGUAUGUGAAGGAGAUCGAGGGGCUGGCCAAGAGCAAGAGCGACGAGCUGACCAAGGUGUAAGCCGGCGGCUGGAGCUGGGUAUGGGCAGGGGGUGCCCUGACGGUUGCGUCGCUCUGUGGCCUGGACGCGAAAUAUACUCACCACCCCUAGCACUGCACGUCUCUGGCCUUACAUGUUGUGUGUACUGUUGCAUUGAGGAAAUGAAUUCAGUGUUGCUCUGCCAAUUAAGAGAGGGAGUGUAACAAACGCCGGCGGC